UCUGAGGGAGAAGCAGCAGUGGUUUAACUUAAGGUCAAAAAAUAGUUUUAAAGUUUUUUUUAAAUUCUUUGUGGUUAUUAUUGUUGUGAUUGCGCUUUCUGUCUUGACGUUUUCCAUUUUAUAAGGAUCUUUAAAUAAUUUGGGGAAGCAAUUGCUUAUGUGUCCCUUGUUGCCAUCUUUCAAUUUUCAGCCUGGCAUAGCAUCGCAGCAAUGUACAACUUAUACCGGUUCUGAUUCUCCACCAAAAAUGCAUGUAUCUGAUGAAAUGACUACUUCUAAUCAAGCGCAAGUGAUGGGACGUUCACAAAUGACGCAAUCACAUUCUUCGGGAGGACUGAAAUCGCGAUUAAUGAAUGUUUUAGGUCUUAGCCCUGGUAAUGAAGGCGCUGGUGGAUCACAAUAA